UCCUUUGUUUUUGCUUUACUCGCUGGUUGGUUUAUUAUUACCAUUGCCAUUGUUACUGAUGUUGUAUUUGUUGUUAACAUCACUGUUGUUGCUGAGGUUACUUUAGACGCGCCAAUGUGGCAACUAACUAUGUGCGCUUGAGUGCGGCCAACAGUGCGGUAGCCAGCCAGUCAUUGAGCCAUGUGAGAGUCAUUUGCCCUGCCGUGUCAGACGUUGCUUUGGGGUGUUGCCUACGGUUCAGUUAGUAAGUGUCCGUCUGCCAUCGCGCUGCUCAUUUUAACUUGGCCAAUUGUUUCGGUUUAAAGGUCUAUUGUGUUCAUUGAAGCCAAACAAGGAGAACUGCUCUAUUUGCCUGCAUUACUACUUUGUAAACUGCACUUAACUCAUCGCUUUCAUCAGAAAUUCAAAGUUUGUUUGCCAAUAAAAAUGACUUCCACCGAAACUCGUUGCGGCCUUACCUCCAGCACUCGUCCAUCUAGCCGUGUUCUAAAGCCUCCGGGCGGCGGACACUCCAACAUAUUUUCUGAGCCUGAAGUUGCCGUUAAUGCGCCACGUCCCAAAUAUAAUCAACAAAAUUCUUCCAAUAUGAAUGCUUGUAUGAAUUCCACGGAUCCAAAUCAAAAAGUAGAGAAAUUACGUGAAGAGAUUUCACACAACAAGUAUGCCCAGGUCGAAGCUGAAACUCAAAAGCCUAUUACGGUUGCUACCACACCCACCGGUCAGCCUGGUGGCAAUGAGCAACCGUCGCGUGGUCGUGUACCUCCUGGUGGUUUCUCAUCAGGUGGCUUUUGGUAAAAGACUUGCGCUAGUAUAGUAAGUUAAUGCGAUGAAAGUGCAACGCUACACAAACAAAGAUAAUAUAAUUUAAUAAGUUAGUUGUACUCAUCGUACAAAUUUAUAUAACAAAUAAAAAAUCGCAUUUACUACUACUAUUCGCUUCUCUUAACACGAGCAUUUAAGGACAAUUUUUUGAUUUUUUGCCACAGCGUCACUGAGCUGCAGCAUUGGAAAAUGAAAGAAAUUAAAAAUUUCAUGAAUAACUACUUCCUUUGUACCAUUUAUGUUUAUUUAUGAGUAUUGCCUUUGUGUGAACAAAAAAAAACAAAAAAAAAAUAAAAGAGUCAACUAUCCCUAAGAAGCGCACUGGGUGUGACACGUGCGUCAGUCGGUAAUUUGUGCACUUUUAUACGAGUAUUCAAAUCUGUUGUAAGUUUAGAUGUUAAGAUGAGACAAAUUUUUACACUUAUGUCUAUUUUUGAAUAUAAUGUGAUGAGGCGUUUUCUGUGACAAAUGUAGUUUCGUUGAAUUUGACUGCGUGCAUUCACACCCGGCUCUCUUGUACUUACAUUAUUAUAUUUAUUUUUUAAAUUAUACAUACAUAUAUUAAUAUAUAUUGUAUAUUCUGUAUGUUAUAUAUACGUGAAUAACUUAACCAGUUUCUA